CAAUCUGUUUCGUGCUCGGUUUGCUUCUUUCUCUUUUACCCAAUCGCCACAACAUUCUAACGAUAUGUUCGGCUUUGACAAUCAAUGGUGCUUGCACAUGAUCCCGGCGCUCUUGUCGGCCUUUGCCUUUACGACCGCGGCCCUGGCAAGCUUUUGGUGCGAGACCAUCAAAUUUGUACCCAACGACGACACCCCUAAUAACCUGCCCAGCUUACAUUUUGGAAUAUGGUACCAACGCCAAACGGAGGUUAAGUCGAUUGAAGUAGGCGACAACGUGCGUGUUGUUGUGCGCAACACCUGUGUCGACUAUCCCGGUUCCAUUGACAUCGAUUCAAGCUGGAAGACGGCCCGGGCCUUUUCCGUCAUGGCCUUGCUCAUUGGGGGCCUCGUAACGUUUGCCUUGGUUCUCGCACCAUGCGCCUACUCAUACGCAGGCAAAGGGCGCUGGCAGAGUGUAGCGAUCUUUUGUUUGGUCGUUCUUCCCUUAUUCCAAGGACUGACAUUUUUGCUAUUCCAAUCCGACGCUUGUUUAGAAAACCCAGUCGUUAGCAAUAUUCGAAAUACGGAGGACCAGCAGCAAGGCUUGGAUUUUUACCCUGACGAAUGCGAGUGGGAUGCGGGAAGCUCAGCCAAUGUCUCCGCCGCAGUCCUUUGGUUUGUUGCCGGAUUGGCGAUGUUGGCUAUGGGAGCCCCCCGACGACCGGAACGUCCUCCGCCAGAAACGCAACAAGUUACCUACCAGCACACCGAAAAUCUCGACGGUACCGCAACUGUAGCUGAAACAGCCGUCGUGAAGGGUACCGCAAUUAGCACGGAAGACCCACACUCCGCUGUGACGGAAUAGACAUGGCAGAAUUGGGGGUUUCAACAUAUUUCAUUUACUGUUAAUUCUAUUUUACUAACAAG